AUGGUACCUAUUAUUUGCGUUCCAGACUCGACGACCGUAGCCCCGGGGACAAUUGUAGUUGAUCCGGAGAUAAUAGCUGUUGAGCUGGGCAACGUGACCGUUGAACCGGAUAUAGAAUUGGAAUUCGAGCCGGAUUCUGUGUACGUGGUGGCCGGGACAACCACAGUAGAACCAGAGAUGAUCAACGUUGAGCUCGGUAAGGUGACUGUUGACUUAGAUUGUGAGGCUGUAUCUGGGGAGCCAGAUUCAGUGUAUGUAGUGCCGGGGAUGAUAACUGUCGAACCGGAUAUUAUUUCUGUGGAACUGGGGCUUGUCACUAUUGAGCCAGAGGAUGAAGUGACUGAUUCAGUUAUUGUUGAACCUGGUACUAUCACUGUCGAGCCGGAUAUUAUUUCUGUGGAACUGGGGUUUGUCACUAUUGAGCCGGAGGGUGAAGUGGCUGAUUCAAUUAUUGUUGAACCGGGUACUAUCACUGUCGAACCGGAGACGAUCAAUGUUGAACUAGGGACUGUUAAGGUUGAGCCAGAUUCCGAGGUCGUUCCUUGGGUGGCGGAUAGUGUCUCUGUUGAACCUGACACUACCACCGUUGAGGCUGAUACAGUGACCGUACUUUGUCCAGCUGAUUGUGUUGUCUGUGCCGAGCUCGUUUGCUCGCUCUGA